AAUUUGUCAGCUGUCUUCGUGAUUUUCAAUAUUUGCUUGUAAAAACAAAAUACUUUCUUAUUAAUUCUUAUAAUUAUCACAUUAGAAUCCGCAUUAAAAUUCCCAAUCCACGAUGAAUUGCUGCCAAAAUAUCACGAUGCCCAGUUGCGUGUGGUUCGAGAGUGGAGAGAAGCAGAACAUCAUCGCAUCCAUAUUCGCUGGGUUACUUUUCUUCGCAGGAUGGUGGUUUAUGAUCGACGCAGAGGUGACGAGGCCCAACCAUUUGAAGGCGGCUCACGUGUGUGGCGUGAUGGCGACUUUAUCACUGAUCAUGAUCAACUCAGUCUCUAACGCUCAGGUCCGUGGUGAGACAUACACUGGGGGCUGCAUGGGACCCCGUGGAGCUCGCCUCUGGUUGUUCUUCGGUUUCGUCAUCGGAUUUGGAUCCCUUAUUGCGUCAUGCUGGAUUCUGUUCGCCAAUUAUGUCAAUGCUAAAGGAGACAACGAGACCUGGCCAGGUGUCUGCCUGUUCCUGCAAAACGCACUCAUAUUUGCUGGAUCUUUGAUCUUCAAGUUUGCCCGCACUGAGGAUCUCUGGGGCUAGAGAUCAAUUGAUUAUACUAAGUAAAUAAUGGGCCUGAUUCAGCAUGAAGUUAGUAUAACUUUUUUUCUUAUUUUUUUUCUAUUCUUUUUUAUUUUCUACAACACAAUACUCAUGACUACGAUCGUACUAUAAACUAAAUAUACAUUUGUAUAUUGCUUUCUCCAUUGUUAUGGUUAAAAUAUAUUUUGAUUCUUCAACCAGUAAACUCAUAAUGGAGAAAUACGUAACCAAGUUGCAGAGGUACAGAAAAUUUCAGAAUCAGGCCUGUUUAUAGAUAGAUAAGGCUUAUAAAGUAAGACACCAUUUUAUUGGUCACAAUAACCAUUAUUUAACAUGUCAUCAUUAGCUACACUUUUAUUUUAAAGUAAUGUUAUUAUUUCAAAAUAGUUAAUGAUAUUGGAUGUAAGGUUUGAAUGGGAGGCUAGAUAGUGCCCUUUUUAUAGUAAAAAAAUUGUAAAAUAUGAUAAAAGAUUUUUGCUUGCAAGAAGAAUGAUACAAACAUCGCUGAUAUUUUAAAUAUGCAUCAUUUUAUACAUUAGCCAAAUAUUGAGUUGGUUCGCUAAACCAAUUUUGUUGAAAGUAAUUUUCUUAUAAUAUUACUUAUAAAUAGUUUCAUGAUUUAUUGUUAUUAUAGUUUCACUAGUAAAUCUCAAAAUAUAACACUGAAUUAUUAUAAAGAUCUUUUUUCUUUGACAAAAAUUUUGGGAGAGGAAUUGGGUAAAGUAUUUUGUAUAUAAAUGAUUUUAUUUAAGUAUUAAUCAUAUUAAUGUAUUGUUUAUUACAAGUAUAUUAUAAUUUAUACUAUCAAAUAUUAUUCACUUUUAUAUUAGUAUUGUUUUAACAUUCUUUAAUAUUCCAUAGGAAUUAAAAUUAACGAUGUAGAAAUAAAUAACUUUAUUAUUUUGGUAUCAAUAAAUUACAUUGAUUGAAA